AUGGUAAAGUUACCUGCCAAUGCAUAUGAAGGCAUUGUCAUUGCAAUUAACCCCUAUGUAACAGAAGAUGAAAAACUCAUUCAGAACAUCCAGUUACCUGCCAAUGCAUAUGAAGGCAUUGUCAUUGCAAUUAACCCCUAUGUAACAGAAGAUGAAAAACUCAUUCAGAACAUCCAGAUGGAAAGUAAAACCUUGAAUGUCAUAGGGAAGACAUGGGCCAAUGGCACAGUGUCUGUGGACAGCACCACUGGAAAUGACACAUUGUUUGUUGUUACCUGGACAAUGCAAAAACCACUAAUUAUUCUCCAAGAUCCCAAAGGAAAAGAAUAUGAUACCUCAGAUUUCAAAGAACAUAAGCAAAAUAGUCAAACAUCCCAUCUUCGAAUACUGGGCAUUGCAGAGGCAGGUACUUGGACUUAUAGACUGUUAAAUAAUCAAGCCCAACCUCAAUUUCUAUCAGUCACAUUGACCACUGCAGCAACAAAUCCUUCCAUUAUUCCAGUAAUGGCAGCUGCUUACAGGAGUCAAAAUACAGCACAAUACAUAAACCCAGGAAUUGUUCAUGCAUAUGUCAGGGAAGAGGAUAUGCUUAUAGUGAACAUUGAUAUAAUCGUCAUUAUCGAAUUGGAAGAUGGACAGCAAGUAAUAUCAGAACUCUUGGACAAUGGUGCAGUUACAAAAUUACUCUUUUGGAUAAGUGCAAUUGGACUGAACCCACCCAGACCUGAAGUUAAAGAAGACUUGGCAGAAGCUCAACUGGAAGAUGUCAGCAGACUAACUUCAGGAGGGUCAUUCACUGUAUCAGGAGCUCCUCCUGCUGGUAACAAUACUCCCUUGUUCGGUCCCAGUAAAAUCACAGGCUUGGAGGCUGAAGUUAAAGGAGGUCCUGUUCACCUUUCGUGGACUGCCCCUGGCAGUACAUUUGAUAAAGGCAAAGGCAACGUGUCUGCAGUGAGCCAUCCUGUGUGUGUUCCAGCUGCCAACUACACCAUAAGAAUAAGUAAGUCUUCCCAGAAGCUCCAACAUGAUUUUGACCAUGCUGCUGAUCGGACAUCUAAGGAGGCUGGCUCUAAAGAAACAUUUGGAUUUAAAGCAGAACAUUUUAAAAUAGAAAAUGGCACAAAGAUCUUCAUUACAAUCAAAGGCAAGGAGGAAUCUCAUCUCAUCUCAGAAGUUAAACGAGCAAUUAGCUUCACUGCUCCACAAGAUUCCAGCAUCCCUGCUCUGGGCAUCAAUAUUUCUGCAACCAGUUUGUUGGAAAGCAAAGCCUUGAAUGUCACAGGGAAGACAUGGGCCAAUGGCACUGUGUUUGUGAACAGCACCACUGGAAAUGACACAGUGUUUGUUGUUACCUGGACAAUGCAAAAACCACAAAUUAUUCUCCAAGAUCCCAAAGGAAAAGAAUAUGAUACUUCAGAUUUCAAAGAACAUAAGCAAAAUAGUCGAACUUCCCAUCUUCGAAUACUGGGCAUUGCAGAGACAGGUACUUGGACUUACAGACUUUUAAAUAAUCAAGCCCAACCUCAAUUGAUAUCAGUCACAAUGAUCACUGGAGCAAGAAAUCCUUCCAUACUUCCAGUAACAGCAGCUGCUUACAGGAGUCAAAAUACAGCACAACACAUAAACCCAGGAACUGUUCAUGCAAAAGUCUGGGAAGAGUAUGUAAUUGGACUGAACCCACCCAGACCUGAAGUUAAAGACUUGGCAGAAGCUCAACUGGAAGAUGUCAGCAGACUAACUUCAGGAAGGUCAUUCACUGUAUCAGGAGCUCCUCCUGCUGGUGACAAUACUCCCUUGUUACCACUCAGUAAAAUCACAGGCUUGGAGGCUGAGGUUCAAGGAGGUCCUGUUCACCUUUCAUGGACUGCCCCUGGCAGUACCCUUGAUAAAGGCAAAGCUGCCAACUACACCAUAAGAAGAAGUAAGUCUUUCCAGAAGCUCCAACAUGAUUUUGACCGUGCUGCUGAUCUGACAUCUAAGGAGGCUGGCUCUAAAGAAACAUUUGGAUUUAAAGCAGAACAUUUUAAAGUAGAGAAUGGCACCAAGAUCUUCACUGCAAUCAAAGGCAACAAUGAAUCUCAUCUCAUCUCAGAAGUUAAACUAGCAAUUAGGUUCACUGCUCCACAAGAUUCCAGCAUCCCUGCUCUGGGCAUCAAUAUUUCUGCAACCAGUUUGGCUAUUUGGGGGUUGGUCAUGAUUUUGUCUGUAAUUUAA